AUGCCAUGGCAAAGAACGUGGUGGUUCUUCUUCCUUUGCCACAUCGCCCUGAAAGCCGUUGAGUCACUUCGACAUCACGACCUCCAGAAUGGCCUUGACCUUGUGGAGGUCCAAACGACGCCCAACUUCGUGUUGAUCGAUGUGAACGUCCACGGGAGGUGUCCUCCAGGCUCACGGAAAGCUGACCAGCAGGGCUGCCAAGAGUUCUACAAUGCGUGGCCUCUGAAGGAUUUUAGCCUCUUGGCCGAUGGCAGUUGUGGCGUGAUCUUGAACCAGAAGAGAUUGGGGAUUUGCAAGUGGCAUCAGCCGCCGAAUUGCCCUCCGGGGGGUCUGAAUCAUUGCCACUUGGGGCCUUGCUUUUGCAUGGAGGUGGACCCCUUCUGCGGGACGGCGGAUGAUGAGGAUGAGUGCGAAUGGGUGUUGAAGGGUAUCGCCAAAGGAGUGAUGCUUCUUUUUGGCCUUUGCCUCGUGCUAUCCAAUGUUCUGCUGGAUGCCACAUUGUCUCCAGACAUGGAUAUUCUGCCUGGUAUCUUGAAAACGCUCGGCCUGCCAAAAAACAAGCUGCUCCGCUAUGAAGUUUACAAAGAGCAGAUUAGAAAUGGGGCGUUGAGCUGCAAUCGCAUCAACGAUCAUGAAUUCCAUGUGAAGUUCCGAGGGCUCGGCGGCGCUUGCCAUGUGAUCGGCAUCUAUUUUCAAGAGCAGAAGUUGACGGGGCAGCUCUCAGCAGAGAUGAGCCGCUUGACGAAGCUACGCACGAUCCAUUUGGAGAAGAAUCAGCUCACGGGGCCCAUUCCAGACUUGAGAGCCGUGGAAUCCUUGAGCUUGUUGAAUUUAUCGGCCAACCAGCUCUCGGGUCCCUUGGUGGCCUUGCCAAGCAAUUUGAGACUCGCGAUCUUGUCCAACAACCAGUUGAACGGCUCGCUGCCUGAACUGAUGAGCUUGAGGAAGCUGGAAAAACUCUACGUGAUGCGCAACAACCUGUCGGGUUUCCUUCCGGAGCUUGGGGAGAUGAAGGCGCUGCAAUACGUGUCACUGGAAGGGAAUCGCUUGGAGGGUCCUAUCCCCAAGAAGAUCUGCAACUCCGGUUUCAGGUAUUUGUCCUUGGCAGAAAACCGCCUCACGGGCACCAUUCCACCAGAGCUGUGGAGGUGCAGUCGUUUGAAGGUCUUGAAGCUGGCGCACAACCAACUCGAAGGAGCGAUUCCUCCGUUGCCCCGCGAAGGAACGAGCGCGGUGGACGAGGUGCGGACUGGCAUCUUCCGGGAACCGCGCACACGCCGCCUUCGUGCGAACGACGGUGGACGUUGGGGCUUGGAGAUGACGCGGCUUCUCUUGAACAACAAUCGCCUGCAGGGGGAGAUACCGUGUUUGAAGAGACUCACCAAGUUGAAGGAACUAAAUCUGGGCGGCAACCGCUUCAAGGGUGCUAUUGGAUCCCUUCUGGAAAGCUUGCUGCACCUGGAGGUCGUGGAUUUGUCCCUGAAUGGGUUGACGGGGGCGUUUCCAGAUUUGAUGACGCUGACGGAACUGAAAUCUUUGAGCUUGCAUCACAACCAUCUUAUUGGGGAGGUGUCUGCAAGCCUGGCAAAUCUCACAAAGCUGCAGGAUCUCAUGUUGGAUCACAACCACCUGACCGGAGCUUUUCCGGAAGCACUUUGCCAGAUGCCCAAUUUGCAGAGCUUACAUCUGAACCACAAUCGUUUCACUGGGAAGCUUCCUGAUUGCUUCGAGUGGCCCAGUAGCUUCAGAAUCUUGACAAAGCUCUUCUUAAGCAACAAUCAGUUCCAUGGUCCGAUUCCACGUCUGACCGGCUUUGAGCGUUUGGCCGUUUUGACUCUACACGACAAUGGUUUUUCUGGACACCUUCCAGACUUGUCGAUGACUCAAACAUCUGUGGUGACCUUUCACAACAAUCAGUUCUCAGGCAAGAUUCCAAAUAUGAAUCUGUGGGAAAGAUGCAUUGACAAUGAUCGGUUCAAGUUUCUUGGCAAGACCUGCAAGCAGGUCGCGAUGGCCAAUCAAGACUGGGGUCUCGCGUGUGAGGAGAUUUCAAGCAUUUACCACAUUGACAACCGACGUUUGCUCGCCAAUUGUCCUAAGACUUGCGGUACUUGUUGGAGUUUGGGCUGCGACCAUCAAUCACUUUGCAUGCCAACCGGCUCUCCUGCGCGGUUCCAGACCAGAUCAGCGAAAAGGCAGCGGUGGACCCGGCGGGCGUACGAGCCUUGGCGGUGA